GCAGGGCCGGCGAGGGCAGGGCCGGCGAGGGCAGGGCCGGCGAGGGCAGGGCCGGCGAGGGCAGGGCCGGCGAGGGCAGGGCCGGCGAGGGCAGGGCCGGCGAGGGCAGGGCCGGCGAGGGCAGGGCCGGCGUAGGUGAGGGCCGGGCCGGCGCAGGUGAGGGCCGGCACACGCAGGGAUCGCGCAGCGUGUCUGCCAUGCAGCCCGCGGGCCAGUUCGUGGUGCAGCUCUUGCUGUGCCUACUGGCCGUGGCUCUGCCCGGUGCGGACGGCGGCUCCGGGAGGUUCUGGCACAUCACGGACCUGCACUGGGACCCCGGGUACGAGGCGGCGGCGGCAGCGGGACGGCCGUGCCCCUCGGGCGGCGGUCGGACCGGGCCCGCCGGGCCGUGGGGCAGCUACCUGUGCGACUCGCCCUGGGAUCUGCUCGACUCGGCCGCCCGGGCCAUGCGGGACCGCCUGCCCACGCCGGACUUCGUGCUCUGGACCGGAGAUGACACUCCCCAUGUCCCCAAUGAACAGCUGGGAGAAGAAAAGGUUCUGCACAUAAUAGCAAAUCUGACUUCUCUGAUAAAAAAGACAUUUCCAGGUACGAAGGUCUAUGCAGCGAUGGGCAAUCACGACUUCCACCCCAAGAAUCAAUUUCCUGGGAAGGAGCACAGGAUCUACAACCAAACAGCAGAGCUGUGGCGGCCCUGGCUGAGUGAUGCCUCCCUUCCUCUCUUCAGAGCAGGAGCUUUCUACAGCGAGAAGCUGCCUGGCCCAGGGGCGAGGGGGAGGAUGGUUGUCCUCAACACCAACCUGUACUACGACCAGAACGAUGAGACAGCCGGAGAGGAGGACCCUGGCGGGCAGUUCCAGUGGCUGGAAGAAACAUUGACCAACGCCUCCAGAGCAGAUGAAAUGGUCUACAUUGUGGGGCACGUUCCUCCUGGCUUCUUCGAGAAGAAACGGGGCAAGCCCUGGUUCCGGAGGGGCUUUAACCAGCGCUACCUGGGCAUUGUGCAGAAGCACCACGGGGUGAUUGCUGCCCAGUUCUUUGGGCACCACCACACAGACAGCUUCCGCAUGUUCUACAGCCACACAGGUGCUCCAAUCAAUGUCAUGUUCCUGGCCCCUGGAGUGACUCCCUGGAAAACAACAUUACCUGGAGUGAGCAACGGAGCCAACAACCCUGCGAUCCGGGUGGUGCACUAUGAUCAGGACACCCUGCAGGUCUUGGAUAUGGUGACGUACUACUUGAACCUGACUCGUGCCAACACGGUGGCCUCACGGCGGGAGGAAGCGUUCCCGGUGUGGGAAGAGGAGUACAGGCUGACAGGAGCCUUCCGUGUCCCCGACGGCUCUGCACGCUCCAUGCAGACAGUGCUGGAGAGGAUCUCCAGGGACCCACACUACCUGCAGCUGUACUAUGAGUUUAACUCUGCCAGAUAUGACCUGGAGCCGUGCAGGCAGGAAUGCCGUGUGGAUCACCUGUGUGCCAUCAGGGAAGUCGAUUUUACAAAGUACAAUGAGUGUGUGAAAACCAACAGCUCUGCCUCUGCUGCCAGCAGCGUUUGGCUUUUGGUUUUCUGCAUGUUCCUAGGGUUGCUCAGUCCUCAGUGAGUGCUGUGAUGGCCAAGAGCAAGGGAAAAGGAGGAGGGCACGAGAUCACACUACAGUGCAUGUGAAUUGGUGAUUUUGGCAUUGAGAACUUGCUUGGAAACCAGGACAAAAUCAUCAAUGUUUACUGAAAGCCCUGUGAUGCUGGUUUGAAGUUUUCUAGACAGGCUGAUGUGUGAAGAGCAAUGCUUUUGAGAGCCUUGCUGUGCCACAGUGACUGCAACAAGGAGUGUCCCCCCUCUGCUGGGACUGCUGGACAGCUUCACAAAUCAGAUGAAGACCAGGCCCCCCUGUGCUCAUGAACUGGCAGGGGCGAGGGUAGGGAGCUGCCAGGUGUUCCAGAGGCUGCUGCCAGCAUUCCUGAUGUUGGCACACGCUUGUGCAAGUCUGCACAGCUGGUGACUCAGGAAAUUCUGUUGUGGUGGCUUUGUUCCACAGCAGCCUGUGGCUUAUGAGCAAAGUGAGGUGGGGUGGCAGCGCCUGGACUUCAGCAACUUUGGUGUUUCAGUGCUGGAGAUGAGGUAAUGAUGAUUCUUUGCCCCUCAGUUAUUGAGCAUAAAUAGCUUUUUUCACUCUUCUGUCCCCUCUUCACUCGCCUCCACUGAGUUCUCUCCCUCAGCUGGGCUUGGCCCCUGACCUGGGCCCCUUGGCCAGUGAGAUCUGAGGUGGUGAUUCACAGCCUGGGUUUGGCAGCUGCCCGGAGCCCCCAGAGGGAACCAGGACACGGUGCUGGUACUGGACUGUGGCAGGGGUUGAGGGUGUGGGAUGAGAGCUCUGUGCUGUGUGAAGGUGGCUCUGGGCUCUCCCAGGGGGCUGAUGCAGGGGAUGGAGGGGACAAAGUUCUGCUUCUUUUGCUGGGGUUGGCGUUUGUCCCAGACCCAGCUCAGCGUGUGUGGGGUGAUGUGUGGGUGCUCCAACACCCAACCAGGGGCUGGGACCCACUGUGGGCCUGUCAGUUCAGGGUCUGAUGUGCUGGUGCCUCGGUGCCCACGGGGAUAGUCCUCACCCUGCUGUGGACACCCCUCACCCUGCUGUGGACACCCCUCACCCUGCUGUGGACACCCCUCACUCUGCUCUGAACAGCCCUUUCUGAACACCCCUCUCCCUCCUGGACCGAGGGCUCACAGCCCCUGCCCUGUCCAGCUCUGUGCCACCAGAGCUCUCUAGAGCAAAGGCAGAGCUGAGGUGGGACACAGGCUGCUGGUGUUGCCUACCUUGAAAUCCUGUCCCCAGCAGCAGGACUGAGCUGGCAGGUCCCAGCUGGGCCCCUUUGAGACCAGGUUCGUUCUAAAGCACUGGUCUCCACUUUGUUCCCAUCUCUGCAUUUCCUCUGCAGAGGGCUUCAGUUUAUUCUGCAAAUUUCCUUCAUUUAAUAGAUUAACACACCCAAACUGACAGCGUCAGACCACAGAGAGAACACCUUGAGCUCUUUCCCCUGUUUCUGCCUGUGGCAGGUGAGCAGCUGGCACAUGAACUGUGAACUUUGGCCUUCUGUCCACACUGCAGUGCAAGGGCACCUGCCCCAGCUGCUGCUGCACUGGGGAAAAAACCUACACAUACCCUAAAUAUUACUGAAUUCAGCAAGGCUGGGCAGUUCCUCUCAACCCUACACUGCAGGCCCUGUGGUCACCUGUCCCCAGUUUGUCACUGCAGCUGUCCCCAGAGAGCCCAGGGCAGCUGCAGAUCCAGUGACAGGGGAUGGUGCCCUCAGCCUGCCCAAGGUGUUGGAAGAGCAGGCUGAGCACUGAGAGCAGCAGAGCUCUGGAGUACAACUCACAGAGAGCAUUAAUGCCAGAACCAGAUAAAACUGGACUCAGAAAACAAAAGCAAGCACUGUUCAAAAUCCACUGUUAAGUACUUGUGUACCAAACUGCAGCAGGAGGCAGCAGAGCAGGUCACAAGCGAAGCAGCUGGGGCAGCUGCAGGAGCUGCAGCCUGAGGCAGCCCAAGGACAAGGCCUGCAGGGAGAAGGGCACUUUGCCAGGCAGGAUCCUCCCCUGAGCCACAGCAGCUGCACCAGUGCACACUGGAACGAACACACAACACUCUCCAACCUGGCAAAAUCUGCAUUUAAUUUACAACAUAGUAAAGGUUACAGGUAAAAAGCUCAACAGAAGUGUGAAAAGGCCUAUUACAUAUUACACAAGUGUACAAAUGUCUGUACAAAGCUCCUCGAUGUUCCUGUCCUCCCCUGGCCAGCUGUGGCCCCUAAGCUCUGAAAUAAUAAGAGCUGGUUCAGAGUCUGGGAGGAGAAGAGCUUUAAAAAACAACGAGCAGUGAAGUUUCCCUUGUCAAGAAAAAUCUUGCAAAGAGCCACUUGCAAAAAAAAAUCCCAAAAAACCCCAAACCCAACCCUCUUCCCCCCAAAAUAAAACAAAACAAAAAAACAAAAAAAGGAAAAUAAGGAAACCUGCUCAACUUUUGUUUGUCCUGACUAGUCUUACCCUAAAGAGUUGCCUUCAGAAAGCAACUGGCUGGGAAAUGAAAAUCCUACAGGCCAGACUAAAGAGAGGAAGAUUUUGAGUCAUUGUGGGAGCACUGGGCAGCAGAACAAACACCCUGCUGCAUCAUCAUGGCAACUUAAAGACAGAGCAGCACAGCUGGAUCAUGGAGCAGGUGCUGAAUCCACACAAGGAAUAGUCUGAGCUGGAUGUGAUGGGAACAGAGCAGUCUCUAAAGCCAUGGCUCUUGUGAGCUGGGCAGCUGCCUGCUGGCACCUCAAGGACAUGAUAGAAGCAAUCACUGUGGAGCAAAACCCACACAGAUUUUGGGGCACCUGUCUGAAAUGGGUCUGGUGCAUCCAGCAUCCCCAGCUCACUGGGACACAGCCUUGCCCCAGCAUCCCCAGCUCACUGGGACACAGCCUUGCCCCAGCAUCCCCAGCUCACUGGGACACAGCCCUGCCCCAGCAUCCCCAGCUCACUGGGACACAGCCCUGCCCCAGCAUCCCCAGCUCACUGGGACACAGCCCUGCCCCAGCAUCCCCAGCUCACUGGGACAAGCCCUGCCCCAGCAUCCCCAGCUCACUGGGACACAGCCCUGCCCCAGCAGCCUGGCACUGCUUCCCCAGGUAGCUGCAGCCCUGCACACAGUGAACUGCCAGGGACACGCUCUCAUUUCGGUGCACAUUUCCUGGAUCCCCCAAACAGCAAAGGAAUGUGACUUGUAGCUGAACUGCAUUAGAGUGUGAACAAAAAUCCAGAGUGAACUUAAGAGUAAUAGAGCUCUGGCCUCACCUUGUGUAAAGUACUGCCACAAUAUGUCUGAGUAUGUGAACCAUUUUUAAAUCUAAACCCAAGGGACUAAAGGGCUUAAGCAACAACCCAAGUCCACUGAGAAUUCCCAUUCUGGCCCUCAGUAGCACUCAAUUCUCACCUACAGUUCCCAGCACCCAAAAUAUCUGUGUGGGGAGCGUGCCAGUCCUCCCAGCUUUUUGUCUUUUUGAAUCUCAUAUACUUAAAAAGUUCCAUUUGCAAAUAAAAUGAAACUACUUAAGUUCCAGGGGCCACCAAGUCUAAAAGAAACUCGGCUGUGUUAACUUCACCCUGAGUUACCCAGGGGAGUUCACCAUGGCACAGUGCACAGUGCCUGAUCCUGCAGGGCUCUCCCAUUGUUUGCAUCCCACAGCCCCCACUCUGCAGCACUGCAACCCAGCUAAGGAACCACCUGCUGCUUAUCCACCUCAGCUCAUGACUCCUGGGAUCAUCUAGUGUUUUAUGUGGAAAUUAAAACAAGCUGUAGCCAAACUAAAAAUAAUAAUAAUAAUAAAAAAGAGAAUGCCCCACAUGGGUGGGGUUUUGAAAAAAUAAAAA